UAAGGAGGUGGCAGAGGUUACUUAAGAGCGAAUCUCCUCGGACUCGGCACUCAGGCAAGAAGGUUUGAGCAGCUAGGCGGUCCUGAGUGUUGGUAGAAAUCAAGACAACCCCUUACCAAGUACCAUGGGAGACGAGGGCGCGACAGAGGCACAGCACGAUGCUCGUGCCUACCUCAACGAAGAACAGAUCGCUGAGUUCAAGGCUGCCUUCGACAUGUUCGACGCGGACGGUGGCGGUGACAUCAGCACCAGCGAGCUGGGCAAGGUGAUGAAGUUGCUGGGACAGAACCCCACCAAGGAGGAGCUGGACGCCAUCAUUGAGGAGGUGGACGAGGAUGGCAGCGGCACGAUCGACUUCGAGGAGUUCCUGGUGAUGAUGGUGCGGCAGAUGAAAGAGGAGUCGGCCGGCCAGACGGAGGAGGAGUUGGCAGAGGCGUUCCGCAUCCUCGACACGAACGGCGAUGGCUACAUCGAUCGGGAUGAGCUGAAGGACAUCCUGCUGAACACGGGCGAGAACGUCACGGACCUUGAGAUGGAUGAGCUGAUGAAGGAUGGGGACAAGAACUGCGACGGGCGUCUGGACUUUGACGAGUUCCUGAAGAUGAUGGAGGGCAUCGCUGCGUCUUGAUCAGGUGGACCGUGGACCGACUCUUCCCCAGAACCCCCUUCCCCUGUGAUCCCCGUCUGAUGAGUCCCAUCUCUUGUCUGUGUGAACCCAUGCAACAACCCCAGUUGCUGAUGCCACCGGUUUCCGGAUGUCGUAUACAACCACACCAACUUCACUGCCGUUACAUUGUGCCAGCUCAGAAAAGGGUAACUUUUGAUUUGUGCCAAAAUGCUUCGUGGGCACUCGGUAGCAUCUAGAAGAGAACACAUAUGUGUUCACGACCACGAAGCAAGCGCUUGUCAAGUCAACAUCGUAAAUAAAGUAUUCAGGGCAGCUCUG